AUGGCGACCCUCACAAUGACCAUGCCGCCACCAUCAAAAUCCAAGAACAGCAAUGAGAAGCUUCCUCCAGAAAAUGAACGAUUUAUGCGAGCCUGUUCGGAUAUUGCCAAUGCGCUUAUCCAGGAAUUUGAAGCGCAGAGGGAUACGACCAAACCCAAGAAGGAUAUCAACCUCAACAAGCUGCGCGGUCAAAUCGCAAAGAAGCAUCGUCUGGCCACUCAACCACCUUUGACAGCUAUCAUCGCUGCGGUGCCGGAACAUUACAAGAAAUAUAUCCUCCCUAAGCUAAUUGCGAAGCCGAUCCGGACGUCUUCGGGCAUCGCUGUCGUUGCCGUCAUGAGCAAACCCCACCGUUGUCCCCAUAUCGCUUACACGGGUAACAUCUGUGUCUACUGUCCCGGUGGCCCUGAUUCGGAUUUCGAAUACUCGACUCAAUCAUACACUGGUUACGAGCCGACAUCGAUGCGUGCGAUUCGAGCGCGGUAUGACCCAUUUGAGCAAGCAAGAGGUCGAGUUGAUCAGAUUAAAUCUUUGGGCCAUAGUGUGGACAAGGUGGAAUACAUCGUCAUGGGUGGAACUUUCAUGUCCCUUCCGCCGGAUUAUCGCGAGUCGUUCAUUGCCCAGCUUCACAAUGCGCUGAGUGGAUACCAGACGGACAGUGUAGACGAGGCUGUCCAGGCAGGCGAAAUGAGCAAUAUCAAGUGUGUUGGAAUUACGAUUGAGACUCGACCGGAUUAUUGCUUGGAUACACAUCUCAGCGACAUGCUUCGGUAUGGAUGCACACGAUUGGAGAUUGGAGUGCAAAGUCUGUAUGAGGAUGUUGCGAGGGACACAAACCGAGGCCACACUGUUGCUGCGGUUGCGGAGACUUUCAAGCUCGCCAAAGAUGCCGGUUUUAAAGUGGUCAGCCAUAUGAUGCCUGAUCUACCCAAUGUCGGCAUGGAGCGAGAUCUCUUUCAAUUCCAGGAAUAUUUUGAGAACCCAGCCUUCCGUACGGACGGUCUGAAGAUUUACCCUACGCUGGUUAUUCGUGGUACCGGUCUCUACGAACUUUGGAGAACUGGCCGGUACAAGAACUAUACCCCCAAUGCGCUGGUGGAUCUCGUCGCGCGUAUUCUUGCACUGGUACCGCCAUGGACUCGUAUUUAUCGUGUGCAGCGAGAUAUCCCCAUGCCCCUGGUCACCUCAGGCGUGGAAAAUGGCAACCUUCGCGAGCUGGCCCUGGCACGAAUGAAAGACUUCGGCACUACCUGCCGCGAUGUACGUACCCGCGAGGUCGGUAUCAACGAAGUAAAGAACAAGAUCCGCCCUUCACAGGUGGAACUCAUUCGUCGCGACUACACCGCCAAUGGUGGCUGGGAGACGUUCCUCGCCUACGAGGAUCCCAAGCAGGACAUUCUCAUCGGCUUACUGCGACUGCGAAAGUGCAGCCCGACACAUACCUUCCGUCCCGAGUUCACUGGUCAGCAGACGAGUAUCGUGCGUGAGCUGCACGUAUAUGGCUCGGCCGUGCCGGUUCACGGUCGGGACCCGCGCAAGUUCCAGCACCGUGGAUUCGGAACCUUGUUGAUGGAGGAGGCGGAACGGAUUGCGCGAGAAGAGCAUGGCAGCCAGAAGAUCAGCGUCAUCUCUGGCGUUGGUGUCCGCAGCUACUAUGCGCGUCUUGGAUACACCUUGGAUGGUCCAUACAUGUCCAAGAUGCUUCAUCCGAUUGAGGAUGAGGAAUUUUGA